GCGCGCGGCCCUCGAAGCGCUUACGCGGCGGAAUCUUGGGCUGGUGGACGCUCCCUGGGCAUCCCUCAGACGGCACCCCCGAAUUAUACCAUCUCUUCUUGUGAUCGUUAUUCCUGAUUGUGGCAUUGUCUAAACAUUAAAUUGUAUCCUUUUUGCUGUCGGGAGAAAAGCUGGUGCUAACAACCUCCUACUCCGUCUGGCGUCUGGACCCACCCUGAGUUUCUGGAUUAAGUUCCUUCCUGAUACCUCAGCCUGAAUCUUUGUCAUCCAAAAGCCUCCAUUGAGCUCCUUCUGAAGCCCUCGUUUCAUCUCCCAAGGUGAAGAAACUAAGACAGAGAUUGAGACUUGUCUGAAGUUAAGACGUCAGUGCAUUAAUGUGGGAAAAUUCCUGGUAUUUGAAAAUGUCUCAGCGCACUAUUUUUUCACAUUUAAAUUUCAAAUAAAUUCAGGAGUUCCACAGAAGGAAAAGAAAAAAUAAAUUGGAAUUUUUUGUUAAAUCAUGCCAUCUGAACAAACACAGUUGUUUUGUGAUGAAGAUCAUUCUGCUUUACAAAAAGAGGAUGAUAUAAAAAGUGAAAUCAUUUCAACUAUCAGAUCAGCACCUAAAUCAAGUAUUUUGGAAAGUAGUUGCCAUUAUGAACUAAGAAAUGUGAAAAUUGAUUUGCCGAAGAUAAAUAUUCCAAAUGAAGUUGUGUGCAAACAUGAAAUUGAUAGAUACAAAAAACUAUUUCAGUGUAAACCACAGACUGCAAGAAAAUCUAUCAGUAUAAACAUAAGGUAUGUUGAAGAGGGCAAGUCUGAGAUAACUGAAGAACAAGGUAUAAAAAUGUCUGCAAAAAUACUCAAUUUUAAAUGCUCAAAAUGCCUAGACAGUACUCCAUAUAGCCCUAAUGAUUUGCAGAAACACUUUCAAAUGUGGCACCACGGCGAAUUACCUUCUUAUCCUUGUGAAAUGUGCAGUUUUUCAGCAAAUGACUUCCAGGUAUUUAAACAACACAGACGCACCCAUAAAAGCACUUUAGUAAAAUGUGACAUUUGUAACAAUGGAACUGUAUAUACGUUAUUGGACUUGACAAAGCAUUUCAUAUCCACUCAUUGUAUUAAUGGCAAUUUUCAGUGUGAAAGGUGCAAAUUCUCCACCCAGGAUGUUGGCACAUUUGUUCAGCAUAUUUAUAGACAUAAUGAAGCUCAUUAUAAAUGUGAUAAAUGCCAUUUUGGAUGUUUUUCCAAAGGAGAACUUCAGAAGCAUCUUCAGGUUCAUUCAAAUACAUUUACCUUCGUCUGUCAGUAUUGUGGCUAUGGUGUCACCAGGAAAGAGUACCUUAUAAGACACGUUACAACUUUCCACAAAGAACAUUUAUAUGCAAAGGAAAAACUAGAAAGAGAAAAGUAUGAAAAAAGGAUUGCAGAGACUUCAGCAGGCCUUAAGCUGAUACUGAAAAGAUACAAAGUAGGUGAAUCAAGGAAGACCUUCUGGAAACGGGAGAAAAUUGACAAUGCAAGUGAAGAAAGUAAAGAAGAAAACAAUCAAGUACUUAAAACGAACGAAACACAGGCUGAAGACCAGAAUCGUCGCAUUGAAGAAAACGGCAAGGAGGCCAAGGGUGAAAGCGUGCACUGUGAGAAGAAGGAUGGGCCGGCCGAGUUACACUCACAAAACCCAACUCUGGUGCUCACUGGGCAGUGUAAUAGAGCUGAAGCGGGGCCAGACUCUGCUCUAGGUCCCUUGAAGACUUCUUCUGUACAAGGACCUACAGUGUUAAUGGUGAAAAAUAACAGAAUACCAGUUCCUGCUAACUACAGUGCUAAAUUUAUGGGUUUUAAGAUGGUGGAUGGAAAACAACAUAUUGUAAUUAAAUUGUUACCUGUUAAUAAGCAGAGUUUAUGUUCACCAAGCUCACAGUCAGAUGUUUCUAAGCCAGGUACUGCUAAUUUGCAGCCCCGAGCUAUGGACACCACUGGGUUCUUAUCUGCAGGAGUAGCAGCUGAGUUAAAUGACACAGUUUUUAUGAAAGCCUCUACUUCAUUUUCACCUGCAGCUCCUGUACUUUCAGGGAAAAUGACUUCAGAAAAAGAAAUGGCUUUGAUAUCUCAAAUGAAUAAUGUGCUUCAAACUGUGAAUGAUGAAAAGAGUGUAUCUUUUUUGCCAGCAACAUCAGAAUUCAUUAUGUCACCAGUGAAUUUGGCUACAAAAGUUGAAGCCAGAGAUAAUGUUGAUUUAUGGGGAAAUCAUAUUACUCAGAGUCACCCUCAGGUAUUGGGUACCACCAUUAAAAGUCCAGAUAAGGAUAACUGUAUUUUCAAACCAAAUACAUAUAAAAGUAGAGAUAUGCAUAACUAUUGCAUUAAGUAUGUCAACUCUGAAUUGACUGAUGAAUCUUCCAGCCAACGAUCAUUGCCUUUUCAUAAUUACUCGAAAGUAAGUAACCCUAAUAAACUUGGUAGGGUAAUGUAUGAACAUCUUCAAAGGGAAUCUUCAAGCAAAAUGAUGACUCAACACCCAAUAAGUGAAUCAGUUUUAUCACUCGUGAAGAAAGAGAACUCAAAUCCACAUAGCCUGUUAGCGUCUGUUAGCGAUUUAAAUACUCAAUGUGGAACUAUAAAAGCACAGGCUGAAGUUGAAGAACAAAGCAUUGACGGACAGAACUUGUAUAAGAACGAAAUCCAAACUUCAGAGAGCAUAAUUGAGAAACCUAAGUGGAAUAACUUUUCCAAUGUUGAUUCACCCAUGAUGCCUAGAAUUACAUCUGUUUUUUCUCUCCAGAGCCAACAGGCUUCACAAUAUUUGCCACCUGAAGUAAACCAGUUACUUCAAGAUGUAUUAAAAACAAAACCUGAUGUAAAGCAAGACUCCAGUAACAUUCCAAAUAAAGGCCUGCCAGUUCAGGAUGGUCUGUCAUUUCAGAAACAUGAGGGAGAGAGCAAAAUACUAGUAACUUCAAAAGACCUGAAAGUGCAAGGCAUGAUCCCGGUUCCAUCUGACACUGUUGGUGUUAAUGAGCUUACAAAUGAUCUGAGUUUAAAAUGCAAUGGAAAACAAGUGCUGUUGAUACCACAAAAUGUAAAGGAUUCAGAGAAGGCACAUAAUAUUGCAGGAAUUAGCACAUUACUUAAGACUCAGUCAGAUGCAAUAAUAACACAGCAGCUUGUAAAAGAUAAACUACGAGCCACUACACAGAAUUUAAAUUCUUUAUAUAUUCAGAAUCCAUUUCUAAAUUCAGAACCAAAAAAGGCUGUAUUUGUUCAGACUCCAAAUGGCCUUUUUGUACCGUGGCAAGUUGCUAACAAGCCUGGAUUUCAGGUGGUUUCAGGAAGACCGCUUUCACUGAUUAACACACAAGGUGUACCUGCUUCUCUUCUCUUAAACAAGCAGCCUGGGAUGAUUGUAACUUUCAGUAACGGGAAACGUGAAGGUGCUUCUGGUGUCAAAACAGAGAGUGCUCAGAGUUGUGAUGGAAUUACUAAAGAGCCGUGCGGAACAAGUACUACUUGUCUUACACCUGCACUUUGUUCCACUAUUGGUAGUUGUUUGAACAUGAAGAAUAAUGCCGAGAAUAACUUGUCAUUAAAAGGCCCUUACUUUAUUAAAACAGCAAGUUCUUCAGAAAAAACUGUACCCCCUCCUGUGCCAUCCGAGCAUCAGGGCACUAGGUUGACCAUCUUGGAUUCAGGGAAACAGCAGAACGAGGUACUUCCCAAACCACCUGUUUAUGCCCUCUUGCCUGAUGGCAAACAAGCUGUUUUAUUAAAGUGUGUGAUGCCAAAUAAAACUGAGCUGCUUAAGCCUACCAUAGUCCAAAAUAGUACUUAUCAAAACUUACAGCCAAAGAACCCUGAUGGAACACCACAGAAAAUACUGCUGAAGGUUUUUAACCCUGUUUUAAAUGUGAAUGCUGCUACUAGUCUGUCAGGAAGCCAUUCUGCAUCCUCAUUGCAAAAAGCCAGUGUAUCAUCUAACCAGACCACAGAAGGAGGCCAGAAAGAACCAGAGUCUUCAAGAGAUGCCUUACCCCUUUCAUUAAAUAAUUUGAUGCCAGCAAAUGAAGUUGUGGUAAAUUCUACAGCAGCAUGCCCAGAAUCUCUUGAGCCAGUGUGUGUUACCAACUGUUCAGACACCAGGGUUUUAAGGUCUAAAGCAGAUUGUACAGAUGCGAGAAGCUGCAAUCGUAAAAAGGUUUCCAAAAGAAAUUUUUCAAGAAUAAAAACUCGUGUGGGAAUUUAUGAUUCUGAAACUGCCUUUGCAACCAGAGACAGAAACUGUAAAAGAAAAUGUAGGGAUGGUUACCAAGAACCUCAGAAAAAAGCAACACUCCAUCGAAAGUGUAAGGAAAAGGCUAAGCCUGAAGAUUUCCAUGACAUGCUUAGACCUCGGCUUCCAAAAGAUGCUGUCAGAAUGUUGCGUGUUUUCCCCUUUAGUUCCAAACAGCUGGUGAAAUGUCCUUGGAGAAACCAACCAGUGGUAGUUUUAAACCAUCCUGAUGCAGAUGCACCAGAAGUAGUAAAUGUAAUGAAAACUAUUGCUAAAUUCAAAGGACAUGUGCUUAAGGUUACGUUGUCAGAAAGAACUCUGAAUGCCUUACUGAAACCAGUUUGCUGUAACCCUUCUAAAACAACUUAUGUUGAAUUUCCCAAGAGGCACAAAACAUGUAAACCUCUUAGUUCUGUGAAAGAAAGGUUUGUGCUAAAAUUGACACUCAAAAAGACCAGCAAAAACAAUUACCAGAUUGUGAAAACUACCUCUGGAAGUGUUCAGAAAGCUAGGUUUAAGUGUUGGUUUUGUGGUCGAGUGUUUGACAAUCAGGAUGAUUGGGCUGGUCAUGGGCAGAGACAUUUAGUGGAAGCUACUCGAGAUUGGAAUAUGUUACAAUAAUUUACCAUAAUCAAGGAAAAGAAAAAGUAAAAUUAGAAGAAAAUACUAGGUUGGAUGACCAUAAUGCAGACAUUUUUUCACUUAAAAAAAAUAGUACCUGAAAUUAAACACUUUUCAAGUUGGUUGAAGUAUUUCAGUAGAAGAGCAGAAGAUUGACAUGUGAUAAUAGGUAAUGUUCCCAAGAACAGGUAAGUUUUGAAAGCAACUAAUCACAGCACAGAUGUUCCUUGAAUUAUAUUCUUGGGCAGUUAGGGCUAAAGAAAACUUUUUAUAAAACAGUUUUAUUUUCUCAAUUUAUAUUAAGAAUAUUUGUGACUCAAUAGAGGGUGGCAGCUGAUAGCCCCACUCCCUCUUAUUUCACCAGCCUUAUGAAUCUGAUAUGUAUAGCUCUCGUGAAGGUGGAAAGCUUUCACCAUGCAGCUGAACAUUUGUAUGGAUAUGCUGAGAGAGCUUGAGGAGAGAACUUUGGUGUAUCUCUCUGGUCAGUGAAGUUCUUUUGAAGAAUAUAGGUUCCUUUGAGAGCGCAUAUAAUUUAUUCCAGUUACCCCUCAGUGUAAUGCUUGAAGGGUUUUUUUGGCAAGUAAUUCUAAAACGUCUUUACAUAUUUUUUUUUAUUUAUGUUGUCCCAUGCUAGAGAUUGACACACCUUCCCAAGGUGAUUUUCUUACUCUUUCUAAAUUACUAUAUCAAGCACUACAGUAGAUUGACAGCCUAGAAAGAAGAAUUAAACUUCUUGCUCUGGUUUAGAAACUAGUUAACUAAUUUAAACUUUUUUUUAAAAUUUGAUUAUGUUCUCGUGGUCUGUUUGCAAACAACUAUGCUUAUCUAAAUCACUUCACCCCAUAAACCAAAAUGUUUUUUGGUUUGUUUUUUUUUUUGGUUGCCAUCUCUUUAAAAAGAGUUGAACACAGAAGCACUUUGAAAGGAUUGGCUUUUCUUUCUUUUUAAAGAUUGGCUCUUCUUGAAAAUGAAAAUUACCCUAUAAAACCAAUUUUUGAAGUAAAGCAAGUCAGAUUUUUGUGUUUUGUUAAUUACUAUAGGAAUCUGACCAAAUUGAAACAACCCACUGUAUUAGCAACUAUUAAGUAAGACCGAAAAAGCCAAUUUUUGCUAAUGGUUGGCAGUUGAGAGUGGGGAUGCAGUAACAGUGGAUGUAGUGGCAGUGUGUAAAACUUGAAAAUUCCUAAGGGACACACUCGAACAGGAAGAUGUAAAUGAGUGUUUUCUUGGACAACUGAAUCAUUUAAAUUUUUGGCUUUGUAGGUGUGGAUCAAAAUUUGUUGGAUCAUUGAAAAAUUACAUUGUAUUAUGAAGUAUAUGCUACGUGAUUUUUGUUACCUUGUUACUAUAAGUGUUGUGACAUUUUGAUUUUAUUUUGGAUUAAAACUUCAGGGCAUCUUUUCUGAAUAUAGUGAAGAAUUUAAACCUGUAUAUAAUUUUUGUGUUUUUCAGUUUAUUAUGUAAAUUUUGCACAGAAAAUUUUUGCUGGAAAAAAAAUAUUUUCUUUCACUUCUGUGCAUGCACUAAUAAAUCUGGUUGUUUAAUUUAAGAAGAAUAUAUAAGACUUUAUCCAUGUAAUUUUUGUUUUUUAUUUCAGAUACAGAUUUUUGUUUUGUAAAUUCAUUUUUUCAGGGAUUGAACACUAUUGUUAGCAAGUGCCUAAAAGAUGUGAAACAGUUUACAUAUGUCAACUGUAAAAAGUUGGUCCCGCGUGGGCCAACUCCCUAAUACUUUUAUUUUUUAAAAAGCCAUAUGUAGAUGCUUCAAGCUAUCUUGCUAUGCAUAUUACACUAAUACUGUUUUUGUGCAGUUUGUCUACUUUCUUAGUGAAGUAUUUUUUGUAUAAAAUCUGUUAUAAUUGUGUUUUUUAAAUUGAGCCCAAGAAUGGAACUGAUCAAAGCAUAAAGCUUAUAUAAAUAAUGUUAUGGUGUUUAAAGAAUGAUAAGCAUUGCUACUUUCUGUAAUGACAUUUUUCUUCAAUUAAAAUUAUCCUAAGCUUGUGUUUA